UCCACCUGAGACGCGCGUUGCUCAGCCCCGGACGGACGCGGGCGCCUCGCCAGGGAAGAAGCUGGGCACUCGGGCGCGGCCCCUUUAAGGCUGCUCCUGCCCGCUGGGGGCGAUGAGGAGCUGGCAGCGGCCGAGGAGCCAGGCGCAGCCUGACAGCCCCAGAGCGGAUCCCAGCAUGGAGCUGACACAGCAGCCUGUGCCAGCUUUGCCCACCCAAAUACACACCACUGCCAUCAGACCAGGGUUGGCUGGCUUUCCCUGAGAUGAUCUGAAGAGGAGCUGGAGAAGGAAGAGCUUGUUUAAGAUGACACGAACCGACCCACCUGACAUACUGGUGUCUAUGGUGUAUCAAGACCUAGAGGUGAAGUGCCCAGCACCCAGGGAUUCCAUCGUCUGCCAGCCACUGACACAAUGUGACGCCUUCAUGUCUGCGUCUUUGCCGCGCGACCCGCAGCCCUUCAACAAGCGCCACUGUAGGAGCUUUGACUUUCUUGAGUUGCUCGACGACCAGCUGGCCCCUGCUCCUGCUAUGGAGCGCCCCUGCCGGCACCCGGGCACCCCCGAGCCUUCCUCAGGCUCCGGAGGCAGGAAGGCUCCUCCCAGGCCGGACGUUCAGAACACCAGGCCACCCCCUCAUGGCAGGGAAGGCUCCAAGGAGCCAUUGGCUCGGGCGGAGCCAAAGAGGCGAGCGAGGUCCAAGAGCGCCCCUCGGGUGAAAUCCACCUUCACUCCCAUUCCCAUCCAGAUGUCAUCCUCGUCUCCCCCCAUGCCGGCCAGGCGGGGACGGGAGGCUCUGCGCCUCUCCAGGGAGCCUGCGAGGACGGAGACGUCCCCGCGCAGGGGGAGCGGAUAUGCCCCAAUGAAGGCCCCAAUGAAUGAGGUACACCCCAUCAAGCUGCAGCCCCAGCGGAGCAGCACCAGCCGCAUCUCCCCACUAUGUGUCAGCAGCAACUGCCCGGAGGAGGCCCCGGGUGGGAGGCCGGCCACAAGCCUGCAUGUCAAGUGCCGGAUGGACAUGAAGCCAGACGAGGCGGUGUUGGUGCACGCAGCACGCAGCCUGAAGGCCCAGAGCAGGAUGGAGAUGCCAUACUGGCCGAGGCCGCCCGGCGCUAUCCGGAGCCUGACCAUCCCAAGCAGCAGGCAGGUGUCCGUGUCCCGCACUCCCACACCCAGCGAAUCCUACAGCGGGGAGCACAGGCUGCCCUAUCCCAACGAGUACUACGAAGGUGACCCCCGAGGCCAGGUUUACCAGGCCGUGCCUUCCCCGCAGGACUAUCCCGAGAGGGGCUGUGUGACCUUCUCCACUCCAAACGUGCCCACCAAGUUCUUCUACACAGAGGAGCCAGCCGGGUGCCCUGGCCUUGGCAUUCCACUGAAAAGCUCUGGCUACGAGGCGUGUCCUCGCCCAUACCUAGGGCGCCACCUCCCUCCACAGCCCUUCUACACAGAGGACCCAGCCAAAGGUAAUAUCCACACCAUCCCACCAAGGACUUUCUACGUGGAAGAGGCUCGCACCUACCCCAUCCAGGAAGCCCCUGCCCACACCUUCUACAGAGAAGACCCUCGAUUCUAUGCCUCCAGGGGCAUGCCCACCAAACCCCUCUAUACAGAGGACCCCAGGGUGUAUCCCGCUCUGAACACCUCCUCCCGGUUGUUCUAUGCUGAGGAUUAUGGCAAAUACCACGAGAGGGAAUCCAUUUCGCGGACGUACCCUCAUGCCCGUAGCACCCAGCCUUUGCAGUUCAGCGACUGGUACUGCCCGGACCGGGGUGCACUGCCCUACCAGACCUUGCAGAUGUCCCGCUUUGCACCUCAUCCCUCUGGGCAGGAGGCCUUGCUUUCCUCUUGGCAUGCCAGCUACAGCGCCAACCAGCCCCGCCUAGGCACAGACACCCGGCAUUACUCCAAAUCCUGGGACAACAUCCUGGCGCCCAGUGUCCGCAGGGAAGACCCCAUGUUCCGCGGGCGCAGCUAUGAGAACCUGCUCGCCCGGGAGCAGCACCGUGCCUUAUCUCCUGACGACCGGCGGCAGCCCGUGGUGAUCAAUCUGUCCAGUUCCCCCAAGCGCUAUGCAGCGCUCUCCCUCUCGGAGAACUCCAUCAUGGAGAAGAUGCACGCAGACGGUGGGCGGUGCCCCCUGGGCCGCUCCUGGUUUGUCACCCCAGAAAUCACCAUCACCGACAACGACAUCAAAGCCAAUGGGCUGAGCAAGAGCGAGAAGCGCUCGGCCAGCUGGGAUAUGCUGGAUUCCGGGCGGGAUGGACAGCGCUCCCGCACCGCUCACUAUUACUCGGAUCCCACUGCCAAAGACACCAUCCAAAGCAGCUCCGCCCGCCAGCGCAGCCUGGAGCAGUUGGACGAGUUGAUCACAGACCUGGUCAUCGACUCCAAGCCCCCGCCCAGCCGCUGCCCCAGCAACGGGGACAGCCUGACAGACCAGCUCAAGAGGCUGAUCGACAACGAUGCGCCUGGGCCUGCCAGGAAGCCAGAGGCCAGGAAGCCGCUGCCUUUAUUGGUGGGGGAGCCGAGGCCCACCAAGGAGCAGCCAGGCCCGAGUUCCUUCCACAGAGACGUACGCAAGGAGCAGGGUGGCCGCUCGCUCGCCAUGUCUGUCUCCAGCAGCAGCUUUGAGAAGCAGCAGGAUGACUGCUCCCCGGAGCUGAGCGCGGAUGAGGACGACAUGAUGAUGUGUUCGAACGCCAAGUGCAAGCGCACGGAGACCAUGUUCAAUGCCUGCCUCUACUUCAAGUCCUGCCACAGCUGCUAUACAUACUACUGCUCCCGGAGCUGCCGCCGCGAGGACUGGGACACCCACAAGGAGAGCUGCAUCUACGGGCGUAUCGGGAGCAUCUGCCGGCACGUGCUGCAGUUCUGCCGGGAGAACGCCGAGGUGCACAAGGCCUUCUCGCGCAUCGCCAAGGUGGGGUACCUUUCCCGGGGGCGAGGGGUGCUGUUCCUGGGCUUCCCCAGCUCAGGCUCGGCCGAGAACUUCCUCCAGUUUGGCUUGGAGAGCCUGCUGAUGUCCCCCACCUACCUGUCCCUGCGAGAGCUGGAGGGCUAUGCGGAGAGCCUGGGGGAUUAUGCCCGGGAGUUGGGGGUGUCUGGCAGCCAGUACGACCCUGAGGAAUGUUUCCUCUUGAAUGUAACCGUGGCCGUUGGACAAAAAGUGCCUGUGAGGCCAUCCCCCAAGGUCCAGGUGCCGACAGUCAGGAAAUAUGCCAAGGUGGCCUUAGCCUCCUCCAGCCCCGAGAAACAGAUCCUAAAGAAGGAGCGGGACAUGGAGACCUUGAUCCUGACCCCCCCGCCUGGCACGGCGGACAUCGACAAGGAGGGGGAGGAAGGGCGGAAGGCCCGGGAGGUCUGCUUCAUCAACAUCCAGCGGGAGCUGCGGAUCCGAGGCGUCUUCCUGCGCCAUGAGUUCCCCAAGAUCUACGAGCAGCUGUGCGACUUUGUGGAGAGCAACAAAAGGUUCACGCCCACCACCAUCUACCCCAUUGACAGGCGGACUGGAAAGCAGUUCAUGUGUAUGAUCAUGGCCGCCUCUGAGCCACGGACCUUGGACUGGGUCGCCAGUCCCAACCUCCUGGACGACCUCAUGUGACCAGCGCUGCCUGUUUAGUCCCCUUUGUAGACAGGUAUUUUAUUAUUGACGCGCUAAACUGGUCAGUCAGAAUCUUCCUGUCAUUUCUAGCAGAUAACUGUUGGUGCAUGGGUCCCGGGGAGGCCUGGGAAGAUGCUGUCCUAACGGGGCAGCGCAGAUCCAUGACUCCAUGGGGCUCAGGCCACCUGCCUCUGUGGCCACUGACUAGUCAGGGCAGGGUUUGCUGAGCUCUCUAGAUCCUGGUUGGCCUUGGUGGGGAGAGAGGGGUGGGGCUGGCCCUGUCACGUGAGAUUUGCCAUGAGGAGAGGGCUGCUCUGUGGAGGGUAACUCCAGUGCCACAGGUCCAGUGAGGUUCUUUCACUGCCUUCUCUUUGUUUAACCUGAUUCCCAGGUGGGCUUGGCCAAGGCACAGGGUGACAAGCGACUGGCCUGCAGCUGUUCUAAUAACAGCUCAGCGUAGAACCCUGCCUGUUGCUACUCCCUAAAUCUAACCACUAGACAACACGGCUACCUCUAAGCAAGUGUGGCCAGAGCAAUCAUUUUAAGUUCCCUGCCAUGCCCACUCCAUCCCACUGCCUAGACACCAAACUUGCCCAUAGCUGCUCCCAAGCGGACAGUUCCUCUCCCCCCUCCCAUCUCCACCUUGUUUAAUUCUGGAGAUAGCCAGGAAGGGGCAUGUUUUCAACCUGGCCUCUGCAAGUAGCCCCAGUGUCUUAGCACAGCGGUUCCCAUUUGUCUGCCUGGUUGCAUAACUGUACAGUGGGGGCUCAGGGCCAUGUCUUGGCACAUGGGGGUGAGUGCAGAGGGGGCUUGGGAGCUUGCUAGGGGCUUUGGAUUCUACAGACACAUUUGUGUCUCUCAUUUGAAAAUUUGGCCCUAUGCAUCUGAGUCUCUAUAUAGCAUGUUAUAUGGUAUGAGUCUGUAUGCAGUGCCCCCCCCCCCCAUGGGCUCUGUAUGGGAUGAGUCCCAGCGGGCACGCUAGACGUCUCUAUGCAGCCUGAGGCUCUAGACCGCAGUGGCGUAGCCAGGAUGGAACAUUUGGGUGGGUUCCAACUUUGGGUGGGCGGGCAAUGACGGGGUGGGAGGACCUUGCUGGGGGUGGUGGACGCUCUGGCCAGGGGCCCCAGGUGCACACCCAGCUCUGGGAGGAGACCCCGCUCUCCAGCGGCAAUGGCUCCCGUCCCACGCCCCUCGCCGGGCCUGGUCCCCCAAGUGGCAGGCCUACCUCUUUUGAGGACUCCUCUGCCUUCGCUGGGUCACCUGAAGCUCGUCCUCCUCCUAGUGGUGGAUUAGCCACUGGGCCAAAGGGGCGUGCCCAGGGGCCCCAGCCAAUUGGAGGGCCCCAGAAAAAAGGGCGCCACCACCGGGGAGCAGGAUUGGGGUGU